AUGCUUUUGGAUGACAACCUUGUCGUACCCCAAUGGCAAGACUUUCGAUUGACUGCAGCUCAGGAACUGCGUCAAUAUUUCAACUUGGACGAAGAAUUGCAAAGUCGAUUAGAUCAGGCAGCUGAUGACCUCCAGGAACAAGACAACAUUGAAAACGACAACGUUAAUCAACUUGAAUGGCAGCAAGCGGUCGGUAUGCGACCUGUAGGCGAACAAGAAGUUCGUUCUGAUUUACCUGUUAUUGACCGUUCUUUCCCUUGGCUGACUAGUUUUCAGCUUCAUUACACUCCACAUGAAUUGGCCUGUGGAAGCGCUUGGGUGGUUAAUCAUCUAACCAACGGAAGAGAUCUCGGCACUGAUUCUACAGAUUUACCCUUUGUCAGUCCCAGUCAACUGAAUCGUUCACAACGAAUGUGGUUCGAUAUGGUUGUUGAGGCUCUGCAAUCUCGGAAACAGUUGUUAUUGAUCGUCAAUGGCACAGCUGGUACUGGCAAAACCUUCACUAUUUCAGCAAUCUCCAGUGUUGUCCCUAAAGAACAUAUCGUCCGUUCAGCCUACACCGCGAAAGCUGCCCAUCUCAUCCGCGGUGAAACUUUGCACAAGAUAUUUCAAAUUCCAGUAGAAAAAGGCCAAGGCACAAAGUUCGGCCCUCUAAAUGGAGCGAAACUUGCAGCUCUUCAAGAGAAAUUUCGUCAUGUUAAAAUUAUCAUUAUUGACGAAUAUUCAAUGUUGAGUUUGACCAUGCUUGGAAAAAUUGACGCUCGUCUUCGUGAAGCCAAAGGCAACAACCUUUUUUGUGGUGGGCUGACUGUUAUUUUGGUUGGAGAUCCAGCUCAGCUUCCUCCUGUGGCUGCUCCUUCCCUCUAUUCCCAAUCAACAGCACCGUUUGCCAACGAGGGUCGGGCCGCUUACUUGGCUUUCCAAUCCGUCAUCAAGUUGACAGAAGUUCGACGACAACAAGUAGAAGAUGGCGACAUUGACCAGCAAACAUUCCUGGACACACUCAACUCUUUGAGAGAGGGAAACUGUUCCAUAGACCAGUGGAAAUUCCUUCAAGCAAGGAAUCCGGAAGCCAUUGCCAACUUUGGCACUGAUUUUGAAGAUGCAACCUACUUGUUUGCCACCAACGAAGCUGUAAAUCGCAGAAAUUACUUCAAACUACCACAACUUCAAAUGCCAAUCACCCUACUACGGUCGGUAAAUCUGCCUUCAAGUGGCAAGUCAAAGCCAUCUGAUCAGUUUCGAGGGCUUGAAGUUGAACUGUACCUUGCGAUCGGAGCCCAAGUAACAUUAACAUCCAACAUCAACACGGCUGUGGGUCUCACUAAUGGUGCCAGAGGUACCGUGGUUGAUAUCGUCUAUUCCAAACAGCCCAAUGUUGAUCUGCCUGAUUUCAUCGUUGUUAGAUGGCCUGAUUAUACCGGUCCUCAAUUCUUCUCUGCAACCAUGAAUAACGGCAUUUCAACUCACAACUGUAUACCAAUCCCGGCCAUAUCCAUACGGUCUGAUGACACGAGAGCCGUCCGGAUUCAGUUUCCCCUUCGCCUGGCUUAUGCGAUGACCGUAUGGAAAUCUCAAGGAGAAACUCUAGGCAAAACUGUUGUAGACAUCGGUCCCAAAGAAACCGCCGGCCUGACUUUCGUCGCUCUUUCUAGGGUACGACACAUUAGUGAUUUGGCCGUCUUGCCAUUUGACUAUCAAAGAGCAUUGAAAAUUUCGACUGGUGAUGGGUUAUUUGCUAGGAAGAUGGAAGAAAGACGGCUAAAUAUGCUGUGUCAGGCUACACAAGAUCAAUGGUUUGAAAAAACCCAGAAUAAAUUUGUUUGA